AUGAGUGGGCCGUCCACGAGCAAUGAUGCGCCAACGACGCCCCCUCGCGCGAGUUUCGGGGUCGAGCUGGAAUUCCUGGUGGCGGAGAGGAAGUAUGGACGGGACAUGGACCCUGAUAGUGCCAACGCGCAUCGCCUGCCCCCGUUGUACGACCGCGGCGAGACCCGCGUAGUCAUGACUGAGCUGUUUAAAGACAAGGGCAUUCCCCUCCGCGAGCCUGGAGAUCCUCCUACCAUGGGCUGGCUCAUUGAGUGCGACCCGACAUGUGCCGAGCUCCAUGAGAAGGGCUACGCCUGGGAGGAGUUCGAGAUCUCCAGCCCGGCCUGCUUUGCCCGUGAGGCCGCAUUCCUCAUGAUUCGCCUCGUGGUUAGUCUCAUCACCUCCCACUUUCGAUGCCGCGUCAACGCCUCCACUGGCUUUCACGUGCAUGUCGGUAACGGCUUUAACAGGAUCCCUCUACAGGUCGCGCGCAGCUUUGCCUCACUCUGGUGGGCUGUCGAGCCUUUGUUGUCCAUCUUGCAUCCUCCCGAGCGCGCGUUUGGCACGCCCUUUGGCAACGGCUUCGCAGACUCUAAUCGACGCCUCAACGUCUCGCGUGUGAACCAGAAUAGAGAGGCUGCGGAUGCCAUCGAGGCAAUAUGCAACUCCACGCGCUUUGAACGUGGUAGGGAGCGGUUCCUAGGCGAGACGGUCCAGGCCGUAGACAAGGCGCCGGAUAGGACCCCGUGGUGGCAUCCACCGGCUCCCAUUGACUGGCCAUCGGGCCCGUACGAGCCCUUCUUUGGACCAGCGAACAUCCCUAACCCCAACUUCAACGCCCAGCAGCACCAGGCGGAGCUCGAGAACCCUGACACCAACCCUUUCUUGAAGUCUUCCCGUCGUGGGCCACCAGAGAUCCCCCCUGCCCUGGGCGAUGCACCCGCCGCCGCUUCUCUCAUCCGUCACUUUCGGCCGACAAAGACCACGCACAGCUUGAAAGACUUCAUUCUGACGCCCAUGCCUGAACGGUCAGUCCCAAUUAGGCCUGAGGACUAUGGAAAAUUUGUACCGUUCCGCAAGUACGUCUGGUCGGCCAUCAAGGAACUCGCGUCUUGCGACCGCGGCACCCAACAGCUAGCCGAGCUGCUCAUGCCGCCCAUGGUCAGCAAGUACGUCAACUUCAACUGGCUCUUCUACACAUCCGGCACUUUCCCUCUCGAGUGCCCCCCCACGCCGCCCGACAUGCCGCGCAACACGGUCGAGAUGCGCGAGGCCAUGGGCUCUCUGGAUCCGACCUGGAUCAUCACCUGGGCCAAGAUCUGCGUCGGCCUGUACGAGUUUAGCCAGAACGCCGACCCGGCGCAUCUCAUGCAGGUCAUCCACCGCUGCGUCGAGGGCGUCGAGGGCCGCUCCGUCUACGAUGUCGUCGAUUUUCUCGGCGACAUUGGGCUGUGGGCGGAGGCGCGUGUCUGCGAGGAUCGUCUGCGCCGGGCCGAGGAGUCGUGGUUUGAGUGCAUGAUUCUGCAGCCGGGGGGCCCUGAUCGGGACGGGAAGAAGAAGAAGAGGGAGGGAGCGCAAUGCCUGAAGAAUCCUGUGGAUUGGGUCGCUCGACAGGCGAGGAACCUGUUUGCGCCGCGCCGGGGUGACGAUGCUCGAGAGCCGCCUGCGUCGGGUCGAGCUACGCCUGGGCUCGCUCGGUCUUUGCAAGGUAAUUCGUUUGCCUCGUCGUCUGAAGCUAAUCCGCCUAGAGAGGAGCGUUUCGUUAUUGAUUAG